AUGACACGUCCCAUUCCUCAGGAGGUUCAAGGAUCUGUCAAGGCUCUUUUCAACCAAGGCUGUUCCCUCCGUGCCAUUCAAAAAAUCUCCCCAGAUUUGUCCGUCAGUGUACUUUCUCGCUACAGGAAGAAGUUUCUUGGUCAUUCAAAACAUGCCAAACCCGGAAGACGCAGCAAAAUCACUACGCAGAAUAUGAACUAUAUUGAGAGGAAUCUCCGCAAUGGUAAUUUAGACGGCCCCAGGGGUGUGCAGUACUACCUUGCUUAUAUGGGAGUUUAG